AGUGCAGAUCUAGUUUGGCCCGUCGAGAGUCUUCGAGCUAGAGGACGCCAGUGAGAUUGAGAUUUGACAGGUGGAAUCAUGCUUGCACUUCAUAAGGAGAAGAGCAAUUUCAACUUCAUCGGUAGACACUGCUUUGCGGCAAGUAUAUCGGAUUAGUCUGUAUGGAAGUGUUGCAUUCAAAGUAUGUGGCCUUAAGCAGAUCGUACGGAUUGAAUCGAGAUCCCGAGGGGUGAAGGAGGAAGGAAGUUGAGCGCUUGCAUCCUGCACCAGGCGAUUCUGGAAGGUGUUCAACGUUUUCCACCGAAUGGAGUCUCAAGAACUCAUAUCACUUUUGCUUUAGAAAGUAUUCGGGAAAUCAAAUGGCUGUGGAAAGCAGGUUGUGGAGGCCCGCAGCUCAGCGGAAUGUCCGCAAUGCCUGGAGUUACAUUCAGGGCCACCGUUCAUCAUGGUCCUCUGCAUCAGCUGCUGCUCUUUCGUCCGCCACUUCUCUCGUCAACGCAUACCUUCUACACGGCGAUGUCGAAACAAUGGAAUUCGGGGUCUUAGCGGAUAUGGAAGAUAUCAAAGAGAAAGCUCGCAAGAAACUGCUCAUAAAUCAGAGGACAUACCUCCGCCUUUAUCUGAAUAGCUAUGAGGAGUUGGUCCAGUUUGUUCUCCAAAUGACAAGUGCUGCCAAAUCUAUGAAAACAUAUCUCAACUCUUCUGGUGGUCCUCUUAUUAAUUUCACAAACGUCGAAGCCAUUGUGGACGGUGAUUCUGGAGAUGGUGGUGGCGUUCCUGUGUUCUCAAAUCUUCCCAUGGCUGCACAUGAGUUACUUGCCUCGGAGAUUGUUAGCAUGUUUCAAAAGGAGCUGAAAGUCAAAUGGCUACUCGCAUCUGAGUUCUGCAAAUUAGUUUAUCCAACUCUCGAGGAAGUCUAUUCAGUACAAAAGGAACUGUCCUCACCAUUUGGUAGCGAAGACAUGUCUUGUACAAGUAUACUUUCUUCUACAGAACAGGAGAGCAAGGAGAUUACUAAAGAAGGUGCUAACACCAUGGGCCAUGAGGUGAAGUCACCCAAAAGGGAGACUUUACAGGUUUAUUUGACUGCACUGCUUGCAGAGGUGUACAUUAUCAAAGAUAGAAUUGAAGAGAUCGGGAAGAUAUAUAGUGAAGAAAUGAGUGUCGGCCUCUUUGGUACUCCUUAAUUAAGUAGUGGACAAAAUUCUCUUUGAAAUUCAGGAAUAAGACGGUGAUGUCCUUGUGCCACAUCCUUAGUAGCGUUCUCAUACCCUCUCUGUGUACGCAGAAGAGAAGCAAAAAAUUAGUCAAAAAAACAAGUUAAUUCAGUUUUUGUAAGAGCGUGCUUACACAAUAUU